CCAGUUAAUGUAACUCUCGAAUGACUGCUCGAAUAGCUAUCAUGGGGACGUUUCGUUCUAACUCGUCGAUUUUGUAUAGAGAAUUAUGGUCUUAAUUCAUUUGAAAUGGCAGUUGUUCUAGACAGUUGUUCACUUGCUUGAUCCAGGGCGAGUACGUCGGGCGUAUAUGAUCUGAAUCGUCAUUGAACAGAAAUUAUCAAAACGGGAAAACAUGGAGUUCCACAUAGCACAUUUCAGUAAUAUCAAUACAACGAAUUCAUCGGAUCAGAGCUACCUAUUGACAUAUCCUCCUUAUGCUGAACAUUCUCCAGGAAAGUUUGCAGUUUACAUGUUCUUCGCUGUAACAUUCUGUAUUUUAGGAGUAUUUGGAAAUAUUCUUGCUAUCAUUUCGAUUUUACGCGAAAAGAUCUUGCGGGUUCCUGAAAAUAUGUUCCUCGUGUCGUUGGCUGCGUCUGACAUAUUGGUCGCUGGACUAGUGCUGCCAUUUAGCAUAGCAGGAGUGGUAUUAGGAGAGGAGUACUUCUUUCAUAGACCCCAGACUUGUGAGUUCCUAGCAGCGGUCUGCUGGUUAGCAUGUGUUAGCGCAUAUUUGAGUAUUUCGGGGCUUGCCAUCAACAGGAUGAUUUUAGUUUGGUUUCCAAAACUGUAUGUCAGACUUUUCACAUGGAAGACCACUCCAUUCAUAGCGUUUCUCCCGUGGUUCCUCACAUUACUGACCGUCAUUCCUCUACUGACAGAUUGGGAAAAGUUAGAAUAUGAUCCAGAGAGUAUGAGCUGUAUAAUAGAUGUAGAUCACCUCCCUACUAACAUAUACCAAUUUGUGUUCCUGUUGCUGUCACUAGUGACGUCAUUCGUCGCCAUUGUUAUGACAGCUGUGAAGAUAAAAGUUGUAAAAGAAAAGAAAUACGAGUUUUCCGCGAUAGCUCCUAAUGUGCUUUUAAUGGGAACGUUUCUGCCUGACGCUGAAGAGGAGCACCUCCAUAGGAAUGUAGAUGAAAAAUCGGAAGAACUCCGGAAGUACCUUGAUGACGUCAUGAUCACUGUUAAGAUGCUGUCGUGCAUUUUCAUUGCCUCCUUUAUCUGGACGCCUACUGUGAUUGCUGUUUUGUCGCAGCAUAUUGUCACGUAUGGAAGAGAUUACUGGGCCUUUGCUUGUCUUCUAGGCCAUAUGCAACCAGGGCUGGAUAGUUUCUGCUAUAUAAUCGCCAACAGGCACUUCAGAAAGGGUUUUGCGAAUAGUCUUUCGUGGGUGUUUUGUUGCGUUUGUUGCAAGACAAAAAUACAGAAAUAGUUUGUUUCCAAGUACAGUGCCUGGUGCAUUAAAUUACCGCCAGGUGGCCUACAACUGGACACGAUCCCCUUGAAGGAUCUCGGUUUGGAUCACGGGUUUGGAUCUUUGCUAUUCGCAUUUAUCAUGACCGACUAAAUGGAUUAAAAAUUACAUGUACUGCAGUGCACUGUACUGUACCAUACCGCACCGUACCGUAUCGUACUGUACUGUACUAUAUUCGUAAGGAAGUUACCUCAUUAGCGUGGUAUUGAAGUAUGUCUUCUAGCCAUCGAAAUUAAUGUGAAAUCAUACAUCACUACAAGCCAUUGCAGCUGGGUCGAAGUAGCAAUUUGCUAUCGAGGGUCGUUACAUAUAUUUAUCAUUUGUCUGGCAACAUGGACUUUUACUUAGAAAAGGAGGAUUUCAGCAAGGAUGCAUUGACUAAACAUGGCGAUAUGCACUAUUGACUUAACAUAGGGAUAUCAUCAAAUUCAUAUUUUGGUAUUCUCAUGUUCUCAUUAAUUCAUGUUUUUGUCACCCUGUACCUUUUAUACAUGUCACAUUACCCCCUUUCAAGCAUCAGACAGUGUUUUAUACAUUGCACAACGCAGAUUCUUUUACUAUUGCAGACUAUUGACAUCCCGUGGGAACCAUAUUCUUGACAUUUUCCAAAUUAUAUGUUCUGUUGUAAAUCAAAUAUACCUAAUUUUUAUCAAAAUCAAUAGAUAUUAUACUUCAAAUGCAGUUAUGUGGUAAAAUAAUAUAAAAAAAGUUUUUGAGAAGGCAACCUUGUGUGACAAUUGAAGAGCUGGGGUGAACGACUGCACCAAUGUGGAAAUUGAUCUUCAUUAAUGAUAAAAUACCCCGGUAAAAUACGACCAAACUACAGUCCCAAAUUAAGUGGAGAUACACUGGGAUAUGGUCCCUAGCUUGAUGAAUUACCAGUAAAGGUUUGAAACCUUAGAG